AAUUGAUCUCCAACGGCCAGAUCCAAAGAUCUGGCCAAUCCCUUGAUUUGCGCCCUGAUCGGGGGCGUUCAGCCAAACAUGGCUGGUGGGCCCCCGUCGCCCGCGCUAUAAAGAAUAGAGAGAGGGCCCGGGGCACGCGAUCCUAAGUUCACCGCUGCCACAACCCUCUCCCACAGUCCCUACCGAUCUAGGGUUAGCGCGAGGCCGACGGGAAGCUCCGCCACCGCGACCACGACGUCCUCCUCCGCCAACCCCGUCAUCGGCCAGUGCCGGUGGAGGCCUGAAGGACGCCGGGACUUGCGCCGUCCACUGCCGCCGCCGGAUCAGCGCCUCGAAGAGCCGGACUUCCUCGCCUCCAUUCUCGGCUCCAUCGACGCAAUGGCGCCCACCGGCAACGGCUCCUCUGCAUCCACUCCCGCGGAUGGCUCCAAUGCUAUGACUUAUGUGAAUGCCAUUCCUGAACUGGAUGGCAACAACUAUGGGAAAUGGUACCAGAAAUUGGAGAUAGCUCUGGCGAUGGCCAAUAUAGAUUUGGCCAUCACAACGCCAGCUCCACAAGAACCAGAAAAGCCCGUAAGGGCACAGAAUGAAGAAGCUGCUGCUUGGGCUAUCCGAGAGAAGAAUUAUGACUAUGCUAUGACCAGAUAUGAUGUUGACAAGACACGUUGGAAUGAUUCCAACCGCAAGUGUCUUAUGGUCAUGAAAGGUUCCACUUCAGAUGCCAUCAAGAUGGCGAUCCCAGAUUGUGACACCGCUUCAGAAUAUUUAGCAAAGGUGAAGAGUCAGUUUACUGGUUCUUCCAAGGCUUAUGCUGCCAUUCUUGCUGAGCAGCUUAUCACCAAGAAAUACACUGGCGGUGGCAUCAGAGAACAUAUCUUAGAAAUGAGCCACAUGGCCAACAAGCUUAAGACAAUGGACAUGCCUUUGCUAGAAAAGUUCAUUGUUCAGCUGGUCUUCAAGUCCCUACCAAAGGCGUUUGAGGCAUUUCAUGUCAACUAUAACGCUUUUCCAGAAGAUUGGGGUAUUGACAAGCUGAUUGGCAUGUGUGUUCAAGAAGAAGAUCGCCUUAAGAACUCCAAUGGUGGUGAGCUUGCUUUUCAAGUUCAGCACAAGAAAAAGAAUUUUCAGAAUAAGAACAUCCAGCAUAACAAGAGACCUUUCCCAUCAGGCAAGAAUCAGCAUGAGAGUGGUCCUUCCAGACCACCUCCACAGAAAGACUGGGAAAAUUUUCCAGUUGAACAAGACCAGUGCCUGAAGUGCAAAAAGAGAGGGCACUACAAAAGGGACUGCCCAGAAUUUCUGAAAGAGUUGUUAAGAAAGGGGAUCAAGUAUGAGGAGGACCCUGCCAAGAGGCGCAAGAAGAAUUAAAGUUGCAAACGGUGUAGAAGCUGAAGUCGAAGCCAUUGCAGAAUUUCAUUUAGAAUUACAUAGUGGCUUUGUACUUUGUUUGAGAGAUGUUCUUUAUGUACCGUCUUUGCAACGAAACUUAAUAAGUGUGUCUAAAUUAGAUGAUGACGCUAUUGCUUGUCAUUUUGGUGAUGGCAAGUGUAAGAUACAAGUUAAUUCAGAAUGUGUUGGUCUUGGCUUCCGACAAGACAAAUUA